AUGCUUCGAUCGAUACCGACCCUGGCUGUAGCCUUGCUGGGCGCGUCCACUGUACUCGCUCAAGAGUCUGCGCCUUCCUGUUCCCUCACUAAGAAGUGCCCAGAGGAAACUCCCUGCUGUUCUCAAUACGGCCAAUGCGGUGUUGGCGCGUACUGCCUCGGCGGAUGCGACCCGCGCAUGUCUUUUUCUCUCGAUUCCUGUGUCCCCGAGCCUGUGUGUCAGUCUAGGACGAUGAAGAUGGACAGCACCGAUCGCAUCGCUGACGCCUCAAAAUACCUUGGUGAUGCUUCCAAGGCUGAUUGGGUCGCUCAGGGCAAUCCUCUUUCCCACGGUGGCAAUGUGCUCUUGACUAUGCCGCCUCACUCCGCCGGAACUGUUCUCGCCUCAACUGUCUAUAUGUGGUACGGAAAUGUUAAGGCUAACAUAAAGACGUCAAAGGAUGCUGGUGUUGUUACAGCUUUCAUUCUGCUCAGUGAUGUGAAGGAUGAGAUCGAUUUUGAGUGGGUUGGUACCGAACUGGAUAUUGUCCAGACGAAUUACUACUUCCAGGGGAUACCCAAUUAUACCCAUUCUGGAAAUAUCACCGAUUCGUCCAUCAAAAACACCAAUACCGAAUGGCACACCUACGAGAUCAGGUGGACUCCAGAGAAGAUCGAGUGGCUUGUAGAUGAUAAGGUUGGUCGGACGUGGGAGAAGUCCAAGACCUGGAACUCCACUACAAACCAAUGGGAAUUCCCCCAGACACCAGCCCGAGUUCAACUUUCUAUCUGGCCUGGUGGUGACGAGAAGAACGCCAAGGGAACAGUUGACUGGGCCGGUGGAUAUAUCAACUGGGACAGUGACGCUAUCAAGAAGGACAAGUACUACUACGCUACCGUCGGUGAGGUUACAAUCGACUGCUAUAAGACGGACAAGGCGCCCGGCACCAACUCGGGCAAGAGCUACAUCUACAACGACGCCAAGGGUACUAAUGAUACCGUUGUAAACGGUGACUCUAACACCAUCUUGAAAUCGCUGCUGGGUACAGGCCUUGAUAUGGACAAGGACUAUCCCAAGGACUCGAGCACAUCAUCAGGCACACAAGAUGUCAUUCCCGGCCUAAGCGGUGGCGGGCCUGGUACUAAUGGACAGGCAGCAGGUGGGAGCAGUGGUGACUCGGGUAGCGGCUCGGGCAGCGGCGCUACUCCCGCUGGUAGCAGCCCUAAUGCCGUCUGCACGGACAGUUUCCAACAGGUCUGUGGUUCUAGUGGCGACGGCAACUCUAACCACGGUAUGCGGCCAGAGCGUACUUUCGGCGCUAGCGCGUUUGCCGCUCUAAUCGCCGUUGGUGCUAUGCUUUGGCUUUAA